AACCGAGAAGUCGCACGUGUUUCCGGAGAGUUCAUGUCAGGUCAGAAGCUUUGAAGUUCUAGGUCACGAUAAUCCCGAUCACCAGAACCAAUCUGAUGAACUGAUGGCAAAACGAAGAGAAGUAUUAUCUCUGUAUCGUCAGAUAUUGAGACAUGCUCAGAAAUGGGAGUCAGAGAGUACACUUCCAGAAGACACAAAAACAGACCAGAGUUACAUCAGAGCAGAAGCCAGGUCACUGUUCAAGAAAAAUAAAGAGAUAACUGAGAUAAAUAAGAUAGAUACCUGCAUUAAGGAGGCUGAGACAAGAAUUCAGCUUGCUUUACAUUAUAAGAAUCCGCAUCCUAGACCCGUAAACAUUCCGUACAUGGGUAUGCCACUAUCACUGAGUAAAGGCAAGAAAUCACAAGACAGACUUAGAAAACAAGCAAAGCCACUUUAUUUACACUCUUAUGAUGAGCAGGAGUGAACUGAACAUCUUUUACAACAGUUGAUAUAAUUGGCUAGUCAAAACAACUUGAAAUGUAACAUCAUUUCUGAUUGGUUGAUAGUUGAUCACAUGAUAGAGUGUUCUCAUGUUUUUAAAAAUGACACUUUAGAAGCUGCUCAAUUCAGCAGUAAAUGUACACAAACCAGUUUAAUACCUACUGAAAAGCUAACAAGUUUGAAAGUUAAGCUAAACUAAAUAUUAAACAAAACAGUAAUAUGUCUUGGGUAAAUUAUAAUAAUUGAGUAUUUGUUGUAUAGAUAUGGUCAUAUACAUGACUAUGAGCCAUGGUCAUCACUUCUAUAUUAUGUUUGAAUGCAUGUGAUGUUGAUUUUAACAUGUGCAGUAAUGAAGACAGCGCCCUCUUGUGACCAGACCCUUUUCAUGAACCAUUCAUUGCGUUGCUAUGAUGCAGUUACAUACCAAGCAACACUAUAAAGGUAGAAUGCUGCUCAUUGGUUAUUAAAAAUGUCUCACAAUGCUAUAGUUUGUGUCAAAAUCUGCCAAAUUCCCACAGUUUCAAUCUGUUUUUUGAGAACAGCUUUCAAAGCAUAGAAUAUGAAAUUUCAGCAGUUUUUUUUACAUGUAGACCACAGUAAAAAUAUUUCGUUGUUAAUUACCUGCUGAAAGUCAAUGUCAAUUUUGUACUUCUUCUUGACAAUAACA